CUUCACCUUCACAUCGCCUUGCAGGACAUUCUUAUUUCCUAUGUCCCCCAGCCCUCUAUUUUACUCUAUUUCUAUUAAUAAAAACUCAAAAGCAAAUCUUUAACAAUUUAAUUUAUUAAUUUGUAUAAUGAAUAUAGACUGCUUAUCAAGAGAGGAUUCCAAGUGGGAUGUCUGUGAGAGAAGGCUUUAAUUUCAGCCUCAUCUUCCGAUAACAAUUAAUCCAAGCCAAACCGUUGAAACAUCUUCUGAAUUUUGUCUUCUAUAUAUUUACUCUCUCAUUCCCUCGACAACCUUGAGAAUCCUCGUCAUUUCUUUAGCUUCAGCUUACCUGCCCUUUCUUUCUUGCUUGCUUUUCUUGUUCUCUUUUUGUUCUAUAGUACAAUUUCAGUGAUGGAAUCAUCUUGUGUGGAUACCAAUCUGGACCUCAACAUCAAUCCUUUCCAUCACAGAAACAAAGUUCUGAAGAGGGAAUCCGAGUCCCAGAGAGAAGUGGCUGACUGCGAUGUGAAGGUACCAGUCAAACAAGAGAAUGGAGUUUUGGUGGAGGAAUUGAAUCGGAUUAGCAGUGAGAACAAGAAGCUAACUGAAAUGCUAACAGUUCUGUGCGAGCAAUACAACUCUUUGCAGAACCAAUUCAUGGAAUUGGUGAGCAAGAAUUCUGGAAAUGAAGCUGCAACAUCAAGGAAGAGAAAAGCCGAGUGUGAGGAUUAUACCAACAUGAUUGGAUUUAGUGGAAACGUUGGGAGCACCUGUAGUGAUGCAGAGUCAUAUAAAAAGCCCAAGGAGUGCAUUAAGGCAAAGAUUUCAAUUGUUUACGUGCACAUAAAUCCUUCUGAUAACAGCCUGAUCGUGAGGGACGGAUAUCAAUGGAGAAAAUAUGGUCAAAAGGUCACAAGAGAUAACCCCUUUCCCAGAGCAUACUUAAAGUGCUCCUUUGCCCCAAGUUGUCCGGUCAAGAAAAAAGUGCAAAGAAGUGCUGAAGAUCCAUCGAUCUUGGUGGCUACGUACGAAGGAGAGCACAACCACGCACACCAUUCUCCAGCUGAAUUAUCAUUAAGCCCCAACUCCAGUGCUAACCCUCGUUCAGCUCCUGUUUCUGCCCCCACAAAAUCUUCAGCUGCCACUGUGACUCUUGAGUUGAUGCAACCAUCUGGAUUAGGCGACGAUACCAAAAAGCCAUCCCAACAAAUUGAUGCACCAGCUAUCCAACAGAUUUUAGUCCAACAAAUGCCAGCUUCUUUGACUAGAGACCUUAAUUUCACAGCAGCGCUUGCUGCAGCCAUUUCAGGAAGAGUUGUAGACCAUAAUGAGAGAGAGUGUCAAGUGAUGUAAAUAGAAUCUCUGAAUCGAAUAUAAAAAAUUUUCACUUCAGAUUAAA